UACCAGUUGUGCUUGAAAGGUGCCGCGGAACCAAGUCUGGCAACAUCGUUCAUACGUUAAAUUCGCUCUCUCCGACAAGGGAUACCAACAGGACUAGUAACGGAUUUUCGUAAUCGCCAGUUAGCGCUGAAUGUCCUCCAAUAUGGCCAGCAUAAAUGCACAAACAAUGUUGGACGAGAACGAUGAAACAUACAAAAACGGAAACUCGAUCGAUGCGUUCUUCACCGAUUCAGUGGUUCUAUUGACCGGGGCGACCGGUUUCUUGGGGAAAGCUCUUCUCGAAAAGCUGCUACGCUCGUGUCCACAUCUAUCCUCGAUCUAUAUACUGCUACGCCCGAAAAAGGGAAAAACGAUCGAACAACGAUUCAGGGAGAUGCAAAAAGAUCCCGUUUUCGGCAGACUCCGAGUGGUGAACCCUAACGCAAUUAAUAAAGUACGCCCUGUGAAGGGCGAUGUAUCAUUACCAUACUUGGGUCUCUCGCCAGAGGACAGAAUUAUGUUAACGCAGAGGGUCAACAUAGUAUUUCACAGCGCAGCCACCGUGAGAUUCGACGAACCGUUGAAAGUGGCCGUUAAUUUAAAUACAAAGGGCACGGACCAUGUCAUAGAUCUGUGCAAGGAUAUGACAAAUCUAGUUAGCAUCGUCUACGUUAGCACAGCUUACAGUAACGCGAAUCGACACGAGAUCAAUGAAUCAAUUUAUACCACAAGGUUGAAACUAUCCACGGUAAUCGAUAUGUGCGACAGUCUCGACGAUAAGACGUUGAACACCCUCGAGAAAAGUAUUUUAGAGGGCCAUCCAAAUACGUACACGUUUACAAAGAAUUUAGCAGAACAAGUAAUAUGGACAAAGGCAGUGAACUUACCAAUAUCGAUAGUGAGACCUAGUAUAGUUGGCGCCGCUCAGAAAGAACCAUUUCCAGGCUGGUUGGACAAAUGUACUGGACUAUCAGGUGUGAUAUUGGAAGUUGCCAGAGGUACUGUCAGAUUAAUUAAGUGUAACGCGAAACUUGCUAUUGAUAUAGUGCCAGUCGAUUAUGUAAUCGACACGAUAAUAUGUGCGUCGUGGCACAGUACAAUACAACAGAAUAAUAAUAAGUCCAUUAAGGUUUACAAUUGUACCAGUAGUGCGGGCUGUUUGAGAUGGGGAUUCCUGGCGCAGCUUAUUGAGAAAUACGCCAUAGAGUCGCCAUCGAAAUACAUAGUAUGGUAUCCAGGCGUGAUGACGAGCACGAACACUUUUAUGUACAAAUUUAUAACGAUUACGCUGCAUUUCUUCCCGGCGAUCGUUGUGGAUUUAGUUUCGAGGCUUUUGGGCAACAAACCCUUAAUGAUGAAAGCGGCCAAGCGUUACGACCGGACAACAUCAGCCGCUCAAUAUUUCGGCAUGAACGAAUGGAAAUUUCAUAGAAACAACAUGGGCGAUUUGACGAAGAAAGUGAAAACGUUGAAGGACUCUAGUAAUUUCAUCACAGAUACGGAUAAUCUUGAUUGGAACACGUAUAUUCAUACAUACGUGCUAGGAGUUAGAAAGUAUAUUUUGAACGAGAACAUCGACAGUUCGAGUACAUUUCGAAAACGAUUAUUAAUAUUGUACUGGAUACAUCGACUCACUCAAGUGUCGAGCAUAGUCACGUUAGUGGCAAUGAUAAAAUGUAUCAGCUACUGACCACGACCAUACGGAUACUCAUCACACUGAGGGAUAUAAAAAUUUUUAACUGGGGUUUUAACCCUUUGUCGUCCAAAAAAUGUUUAAUAUUUUAUACCCUAUGACUUGUGUAUCUAUCCUUAUUGUAACAACGAGAAGCUAAUUCGCAAUAAUAUAUUUGAUACGAAUGAAGCAAUAAUCUACAAUAAUAUGUUUUACCAUUGUUUGCAAUUUAAUAUUAAUACGAUAUCUUUUGAAACAUUAUCAAACGCGUAACUCAGGCUUCCUUUUACAUGUUUCAUGUUUAAAGCGCGUUUCUCAUAUUUUUCCUAGCAUUUCACGAUCGAGGCUUACAACCUUCGUCUUUUUCUUGCAAAUGUGGACUAAUUAUAUUCAAGCUUUCAUCUAAAAGUUGUUAACACGAAUCGACCUACUCUUCUCUUAACUGUAUUAUAUUACAAACACUGAUUAAAUGAUUAUUAGAUGUUUGCGCCAAAAUAUUACAAGAUAUAUUCGUACAUAACAGAAGUCAGAAAAUUUAAGACCGCAAAGGAUUAAAUCCACAGCUGCUGGCCGCAUGACUAGACCUGAGGAAACGUGGAGAAUCUCCCAAGUGCUUUGAUCGUUUAUGACCAAAAAAAGUGUGCAACGAAACAAUGCAACGCUCCCCGUCCACAUUAAUUCAGUUAAAUAUCGUAUAAUUCUUUUGACGUAACGACGAAAAAACGACAAAUGACCGAUCGAAUCCGUUGCAUAUCUUUGAAUUUGAUACGCAAUUGGGAUACGAUUCGAGAAUAUACAUCAAAUGGAUACUGGGCUUAAGGAGGUAUUCUAGUGGCAUAUACUCAUCUGUUAAUAUUUGUUUAUAAAAAAAAUAUAAAAUAUUGUGCAGUACAAAUUUCAGAUUUUGUUUAUACAUGUUUCGAGAGUAAAUAUAAUUUUUUUCAUUUGAAAAAAGGUGAAACCAACAUGUCCGUCAUUUUGGAUCUCCUGUUCAUUUAAAUUGGAAAUACACAAUAGAUAUUUCUGAUUGAUAUGAGUGUGGUUAUAGCAGGAGCCAGAAGAAAAGGAA